UACACGUGUACAAAUGUUGGCCGCCUUCUUCCUUCCUCCGCCGCUUCUUUGGUUCUCACAUUCGUAUCUUCCAAGUAAUCGAAAAUUAAGAUUCUUAUGUUGAGAAACCUUCGAUCUCUCUCAAUCCACACUGUUGAUGUAACUUUCGAUUUGGAACGAACCCAAUCGAUUUCGUCUGGGAUUUGCAUCAAUGGCGAUGAGGUUUCUUCAUCUUCACCGACAUCGUCUUGAGAAAGGUAAUACUGGGAAAGCUCUCUCCUUUAGCCGCCUUUUAGGUUUUAGUUUCUGGGUCCGACGAGCUUUUUGUAAUUACCGAGAGAUUUUGAGAAAUGGUCUUCACUCUCUUCAGUUUAACGAAGCCCUCGAUUUGUUCGCUCGCAUGGUUGAGUCUCGUCCUCUUCCUUCUAUCAUCGAUUUCACUAGAUUGUUAACUGCUAUUGCCAAAAUGAAGAAGUUUGAUGUUGUGAUCAAUCUCUGCGGACAUUUACAAAUCAUGGGAGUUUCACAUGAUCUCUAUACUUGCAAUCUUUUGAUGAACUGUUUUUGCCAAUCUUCUCAGCCUUUUCUUGCUUCAUCGUUUCUUGGGAAGAUGAUGAAACUUGGUUUUGAGCCUGACAUUGUCACGUUUACUUCUAUGGUUAAUGGGUUCUGUCUCGGGAAUAGAGUCGAGGAGGCCAUGUUUAUGGUGAAUCAGAUGGUGGAGAUGGGGAUUAAACCUGAUGUUGUAAUGUAUACAACGAUCAUUGAUAGUCUUUGCAAAAACGGGCAUGUGGAUAACGCGUUGAACGUUUUUAACCAAAUGGAAAACAAUGGGAUUAGACCAGAUGUUGUUACGUACACUUCUCUUGUAAACGGUCUUUGUGGUUCUGGUAGAUGGAGAGAUGCUGCUCCGUUGCUGAGGGGUAUGAUGAAGAGGCAAAUCAACCCUGAUGUAAUCACUUUCAAUGCAUUGAUCGAUGCGUUUGUGAAAGAAGGAAAGCUUUUGGAUGCUAAAGAGUUGUACAAUGAGAUGAUUGAAAUGUCUAUAGCUCCUAACAUUGUUACUUACACUUCAUUGAUCAAUGGGCUUUGCAUGGAUGGUCGCACAGAUGAGGCCAAACAAAUGUUUAAUUGGAUGGAAACCAAGGGUUGUUUUCCAGACGUAGUAGCUUAUACUUCUCUCAUAAAUGGGUUUUGCAAGUGUAAGAAAGUAGAGGAUGCGAUGAAAAUCUUCUACGAGAUGUCUCAAAAAGGAUUGGCGGGGAACACAGUCACUUACACUACUCUUAUCCAAGGUUUUGGUCUAGUGGGUAAACCUAAUGUCGCCCAAGAGGUUUUUAGCCAUAUGGUUUCUCGAGGCGUGCCUCCGAAUAUUAGGACCUACAAUGUUUUAAUACAUUGUCUAUGUUAUAACGGGAAGAUAAAGAAAGCGUUGAUGAUAUUUGAAGAUAUGCAAAAGAGAGGAAUGGAUGGCGUGCCUCCCAAUAUUAGGACUUACAACGUUUUGUUACAUGGUCUAUGCUAUAAUGGGAAGCUAGAGAAAGCGUUGAUGAUAUUAGAGGAUAUGCAAAAGAGAGAGAUGGAUAUUGGUAUUAUUACAUAUACAAUCAUCAUUCAAGGGAUGUGUAAGGCCGGAUUGUCUAGGGAAGGGUUAAAGCUUGAAGCUCAUGUGUUGUUCAAGAAAAUGAAAGAAGAUGGGGUUUUGUAAUUAGGUUGGUGACACCAUAUCAUUGUGUUGAUCAGUUUAUGAUGGUGCAGUAGCAGUUUAUGAUGGCACAUACAAACUCUUUAUCUUACAAAAGCUGUGUAAAUUGAUUCAGGUUAGGCUGACUCCUGAUUAUUUCACAUUUGCAUCUUUGACUCUGGGUUACUCUAGAAGAAAGGAUUUGGAUGCAGCUUUUCUGAUUUUCAUUGCGAUACCUCAUAGAAACACCCAACUGUUUGUACAUGGUCUUUAUGAAGCGAGGAGGAUUUGAUGGAGCUGUGAGGUUGUUUCCUUUGUGGAAAUGAGGGGUUCGCCCUCGAGUACGAACAAAGGUUUAGUCCACUCCAAGCAUAACCAAUCUGAUUUCUGUAACUUGUGGGUGCUAAAGUCAUGCCACUUCACACAAAAAGAAAAUAUAUAUAUAUAUAUAUAUAUAUAUAUCUCUAGGACUUAGGCCCAUGUUACGUAUCUCGUCCAUAAGACUUAGGCUAUGUCGGUUUGGGCUUUGGCCUUUGUACUCUCUAUAUAUAUGUAACUUCUAUUCAUUAUCAUUAAUAAGAUAAGAGAUUUCGUCCCCUAAACUUUCUAGUUUACAACACAUUAUCAGCACGAUAGCCUCAAAUCCUAAAACCCUAAAAGCAGCCGCCGUUUCUCUCCUCCCUAAAACCCUAAAACCCUAAUCGGCCGCCGCCUCUAUCUCUUACCCUAAAACCCUAAAAACCGCCGCCCAAAUUCGGCGAUCAGCUUCCGUCCGUGUACGCGGCCA